GGGUGGGGCCAGGGGCAGGGGCACCUGGGAAACAGACUUCCCUCUGGAAUUCAGAGUUGAGCUGCUAAGUCACUGGCUCCUGGAAUCUAAACGACAGGACUGAAGACUACAAAGGAGCAUCCAGGGGUGCCACACUCCAAAAGGACAGCUUCCCGCCACGCGCCAUGUGGGCCUUGCUGCUGCUGCUGCUGCUGCUGCUGCUGCCGCCGCCGCCCACGGCGCUGCGCCUGAGCCGAGCAGGGCCUCCCCAGGAGAGGGCCCCUCUUUUCCGGCUCACUCAGCAGGGCCCCUGGGGGAGCGGGGCCAGCAAGGCCACGGUCUCGCCCUGCGAGGGGCUCCCCGCUGCGGGGGCCACGACCUUGACCUUCGUGAACCGUAGCCUGGCGCGCCUCCCCGGCUGCCUGCCGCCCGCGCUGCGCAGCCUCGACGGCAGCCACAACCUGCUGCGCGCCCUGAGCGCACCGGAGCUUGGCCACCUGCCGCACCUGGAGGUGCUGACGCUGCGCCACAACCGCAUCGCCGUGCUGCGCUGGGGCCCCGGCGGGCCGGCGGGGCUGCACACCCUGGACCUCAGCUACAACCGGCUGGCCGCCCUGCCGCCGUGCGCCGGGCCCGCGCUGCGCAGCCUCCGCGCGCUGGAGCUCGCCGGGAACCCCCUGCAGGCGCUGCAGCCCGGGGCCUUCUCCUGCUUCCCCGCGCUGCGCCUCCUCAACCUCUCCUGCACCGCGCUGGGCCGCGGCGCCCAGGGGGGCAUCGCCGACGGGGCCUUCGCUGGAGCGGGCCGCGCGCCCCUGGCCACGCUCGAGGUCCUGGACCUCAGCGGCACGUUCCUCACGCGGGUUCAGUCAGGGUGGAUCAGAGACCUGCCAAAGCUGACGUCUCUUUACCUGAGGAAGAUGCCCCAGCUGACGAGCCUGGAAGGAGACAUUUUCAAGAUGACCCCUGACCUGCAGCAGCUGGAUUGUCAAGAUUCCCCAGCACUUACCUCUGUCCAUACACACAUCUUUCAAGACACUCCUCGCCUACAGGUCCUUCUUUUCCAGAACUGCAACUUGAGUUCCUUCCCUCCUUGGAACCUGCAUUCUUCCCAGGUCCUAUCCAUCAACCUCUUUGGCAACCCCCUCACUUGCAGCUGUGAGUUGUCCUGGUUCCUCAAGGAUGCAGAGAGGGUUGUCUUAACCAGGGCAGCAGACACAGUGUGCACACCAGCUGCAGGAUCCAGCGGCACCUUCUCAGCCCCUCUUUUGCUCUCUCAGCUGCCAGGCGUGUGCCAUUCAGACCAAAGCACCACCCUCCUUGAUUCCAACCCACCCUCCCCUGUCCUCUCCACCCUGGCACCAUCUACGCAGGGUCCCUCCACCCUGAAGGGCACAGCCCCGCCCACUAAACCUGCGGGAGGCCGCCAAAGUGUCACCAAGGCCCCCUCCCUGCCUGUGGAUUCCCCCACUGGAGCUGCAUGGCAGUACAGCAGUGUCAGGGAGGGGACUACCCCCUCCACCUCCACAGUAGGUUCCAGCAACUCCAGAGAUCCCCCCCGGGCUGCAAGCACAGCUGGGACAAAGCACCAAGAAGAACAUGCUGCCUGGCUUGCCCUUGAGCCCAAUAUCUCAGCUGCCUCCACCGCCUCAGCCAGCAAGCUUGGUCUCUUCCCCACCUCCGGGAACUCAGUGAGCACACCCCAGGCCGACGGGAGGACGCAGGCCGCCCUGCAGGCUCCCCACCCGAGUCCUUCUGAGGGCAGCGUUCCCAUCUUGCUGUUGGACGACGCCGGUGAGGAGGAGGAGGAGAGGGAGAAGGAGGAGGUUAGAGCGCCUCCUCAGGAUGUCCCCUGUGAUUACCACCCUUGUAAGCACCUCCAGACCCCGUGCGCAGAGCUGCAGAGGCGCUCGCGGUGCCGGUGCCCUGGCCUCAGCGGGGAAGACACCGUCCCAGACCCUCCCAAGCUGCAAGGGGUGUCAGAGACCACCGACACGUCCGCGCUCGUCCGCUGGUGUGCCCCCAACUCGGUGGUGCACGGGUAUCAGAUCCGCUACUCCCCGGAGGGCUGGCCGGGGAACCAGUCGGUGGUGGGGGACAUCUAUGCCACCGCCCGGCAGCACCCUCUGUACGGGCUCUCGCCGGGCACCACGUACCGCGUGUGCGUCCUGGCGGCCAACAGGGCGGGCUUGAGCCCGCCGCGGACCUCGGGCUGGAGGGGGCCGUGCGCCGCCUUCACCACCAAGCCCAGCUUCGUGCUCAUCUUCGCGGGGCUGUGCGCCGCCAGCGGCCUACUGCUCGUCAGCGCCCUGCUGUUGGCCGCGUGUCUUUGCAGGCGGGGCCGGACGCCACGCCGGCAGCGCUACGACACGCACGUGGUGGCCUACAAAAACCCAGCCUUUGACUACCCGCUUAGGCUCCAGACCUGCAAUUAGCCCAGCUUCCCCUCCUCCAGUCGAACUCGAGCUGAGAACUGGCUGCCACCGCGCAGAGAGGAAGAUACAGAGGGUCAAAAUGGCCCCGUCAGCUCUGCAAGUCUCUAGUUCCUGUGAAGCCAGCACUGCUUGGGCACACGCGGAACUCGGAACUUGCGGCGCAGAGUUUCUCAGUCCAAGGAACAACUGCCUUCCCUUCCUUCUACUUCAAUCUAUUUCCAGAAACGUGAUGGUUGGUCCACAUCAGACCACUGCCACUGGACAUUCGUGUGUUGUUUUAUUUGGGUUUUUCGGCAAUCAGUGCCCCUCAGGGUCCAGCAGAAUAGAAUUGUGUGUGGAAGUAGGAAGGGAUAAAACAAAUCUUUUGCCAUAUUGGAAGUUACAUCCUCAAGUCAUUUCAGGGAUAUUCCUCAUGGUCAAGCUCUAGCCAAGGGACGUGUUACUCAAGGAAUCAACUCCAGUGGAUUCUUAAUCUGAGAACUGGGGGUGAGGGAGAACUGCUGUUUUAUAUUGCCUGAGGCCUUUCGGGUUUAUUAGUUGCAUUUCAGGAUAUGGCAAAAAAUGUGCUUCUACCUUUAUCCUGAAAACCAGUCUUUCAACAUUUGUGAAACACAGGCAAAGGCUGUCCUGAUUAGUCAGUGUUUACUGCAUUUCACCCAAGACUAAGUGGACAAAGGAACUGUGAACUUCAGGAAGUUUUUUUUAGACAGAAAAAAGGAGCAAAAGAGAAUCUCAAGGCUCUAGCUAGAGGCCAAAGCAUCUCUCCGCUUGCAGUUGCAUCAGACAAUGCCUUUCUGAUUUGUAUCUCUGUGGGACCUGUCUUACUACAUCCUUUUUCACGUUAAUACAAACUUAGGGGGGAAAGUGAUUUUAUGAAAUUAUAAUAGUUUUGCACAUUAGCGUUU